CGCUGACAUUAACCACACAUGCGCACUUUAGCAGCGCUGACACCAAUCAAUCACUCACUUCCAAGUUUUCCCAAAGCCCAAAUCUUUCCUCCUCUCCUACGCCUCUCAUUUUCUCUCCCUCUCCCUCUCCCUCUCCAAAGCCCUAGUUCUGCUCUCACUAUCGAUUUGGUACUGUAAUUGAGCAUCAAUUCACUUCCAAUUUCACAGAAGCUGCAAAAUUAGGUUUUGAUUCUGUUCGGUAAAUUCAAAUUUUCUGAUUCUUUUUCCUGAGUUUCUUGUUCAGCCGUAGAAGUUAGGGCUUUGGUUCUUUCCUAUUUGAAUGGAUGAUACCGAGGACGACGCUAGGUAUCCGCCCAAGCAUUACUCUGUGAAUCACCGCGGGAAGCAUGCCAAUCGAAACCCUCUUAUUCCAAUCAACAGUAGCUAUCGCGACGAGGAGGAUGAGUAUGAAGGGGACGAAUUGGGGGAAGAGGAUGAAGAUAUGAACCAUGAAUUCGAUGAUGAAGAUGACGAUGACGAUGAUGAGGAUGAAGAAGAGGAUGUUGAAAAUGGAUAUGACGAGAGGCGGCAAAAGAAGCGGAGGCUGGAGAGUUUGGUUUCCAAUUACGAGUUUGCUCCUCGCAAGCCGCCUCAGGUUUCUCGGAAUACCCAUGCCGAUUGGACCGAUCAAGCGACGUUUGUAUUGUUAGAGGCGUGGGGGGAUAGGUAUUUGCAAUUGGGCAGGAAGAGUUUGAGGUCUGAGGAUUGGCAGGAGGUGGCUGAGAAGGUGUCCGAGGGGUCGAAGGUGGACUGGACGGAUACGCAAUGUCGAAAUCGAUUGGACACGUUGAAGAAGAAGUAUAAAAAAGAGAAAGCAAAAUUGGAAACCAUGGGAGGAUACACUAGCAAGUGGGUCUUCUACAAGAAAAUGGAUAUGUUGUUGAAUUCAUCAUCUUCAUCAAAGCAACAGUUUGGAUUGCCUUGUGGGGUUGAUUCUGGGGAGUACGUGUUUAUGAAUCCGAGGGUGUAUUUGAAUCGGUCCAAUGGGUUGGAUGAGAUGAGGGAUAGUCCGGGUGAGUCAGAGGACGAUGAGGACUCUGAUGGGCUUCCACCCAAAAGGAAAGGGCAUGGAGGAGAUGAUAAUGAUGCAUCAUCGUUUAGGUUGUUGGCUGAUUCAAUUCAAAAGUUUGGGGAGAUUUAUGAGAAGAUUGAGAAUAGUAAGAGGCAGCAAAUGUUAGAGUUGGAGAGGAUGAGAAUGGACUUUCAGAGAGAUUUGGAGGUACAGAAGAAGCAGAUUCUUGAAAGGGCACAGGAGGAGAUUGCUAAAAUACAGCAAGAGGAUGAUGAUGAAACUGAUGGUUCUGCAGAGAAUCUCAGUGGGUAAUGAAUAUGUUAAAGGAACCUCGUGCAAUCCUCUAGGGGGAGACUUUUCUCUCAGCUUGGUCAAAGCAGGGAGGAGAUGGCAGUGCAAAGAAUCUCAGGUUUUAUUGGAUGUGCUAGGCGUGUAUUUAACCCCAUAUGUAUGCGGUAUUACCAUGGUUAUACAUUUUGACUGGAGUUCAUGGUUUGUAAUAACUUUUUGGCUUAAGAAUUCACCAUAUAAUUC